GAGGCACACACGCGCACACACACAUACACAAAUUCACACACACUGCAGAUUUCACAGCACACAGACAGACGAGGACAUCUCUGACAUUCCCCUGGAUCCUCUUUAAGACCAACUCUACUACAGAACCAUGCCGUGUGAUAGCGCUGUAUCCUUCCUGAAGAGCCUGACCCGGCGGAAGCCUCUGGAACCCGACGGCGAGGAGUCUAAUUUCAAGCGGAACCUGACGACCCUUGACCUGGUGGCGCUGGGCGUGGGCAGCACUCUGGGCGCGGGCGUCUACGUUCUGUCGGGCGAGGUGGCGAGAACCGUGUCCGGCCCCAGCAUCAUCAUCUCCUUCUUCAUCGCCGCCGUGGCCUCCGUGUUCGCCGGGCUGUGCUACGCCGAGUUCGGGGCGCGCGUCCCCAAGACGGGCUCCGCGUACCUCUACAGCUACGUCACCGUCGGGGAGGUGUGGGCGUUUGUGACCGGAUGGAACCUACUGCUGUCAUACAUCAUUGGCACCUCCAGUGUGGCGAGAGCCUGGAGUGGAACGUUCGAUGAGCUCAUCGGGAACGUGAUCGCCACGGCACUGAGGGAACACCUGCCCAUGAACCUGUCGGGCCUGGCGCCCUACCCAGACUUCUUUGCAGCGGGGCUCAUCAUGCUUCUGGCCGGUAUCCUGGCGUUCGGAGCUAAGGAGUCCGCCACAGUUAACAAGAUCUUCACUGCCAUCAACAUCCUGGUCUUGAUUUUUGUCGUCAUUUCUGGCUUCAUCAAGGGAGAUCUGAAGAACUGGCAACUCACCCCGGAGUUCAUAGCCAACCAUACAGACCUGGACAACAUCACUGGGGAGAUUUUGGACAGCUAUGGCUCAGGCGGCUUCUUCCCGUUCGGCAUCGAGGGAACGAUCGCCGGGGCGGCCACUUGCUUCUACGCCUUCGUCGGCUUUGACUGCAUCGCCACCACAGGAGAGGAAGUGAAGAACCCGCAGAAGUCCAUCCCGAUAGGCAUCGUGGCGUCUCUGCUCAUCUGCUUCCUGGCGUACUUCGGCGUGUCGGCGGCGCUGACCCUCAUGAUGCCGUACUUCAUGCUGAGUCUCCAGAGCCCGCUGCCCGUGGCGUUUGAAUAUGUGGGCUGGGGCCCCGCCAAGUAUGUGGUGGCGGUCGGAUCCCUCUGCGCCCUCUCCACCAGUCUCCUGGGUUCUAUGUUCCCUAUGCCCCGGGUUCUGUUUGCCAUGGCUCGAGACGGGCUACUUUUCAAACCCUUAAGCAAAAUGAGCUCCCGUCAGAGUCCCGUCAUCGCCACCAUUUCCUCCGGAUUCGUCGCUGCUGUCAUGGCCCUGGUGUUUGACCUGAAGGCCCUGGUGGACAUGAUGUCCAUUGGAACUCUGUUUGCCUACACACUGGUGGCCGUCUGCAUCCUCAUCCUGAGAUACCAGCCUGGUGCGUGUGAUGAGGUGAAUGAGAAAGACACUCCCUCCUGGAGUAUCAAGAAACCCCCAUCGGCACCCAACCCAAAGACCUCACAAUUUGUGUCCAUGCUCACCGUCUUCAUGAUCCUGCUGACGGUGGCGCUGAGUGUGAUCCUGAGCAGGGGCCUGGGCUCUAUAGGCGAGUGGUGGAUGAUCCUGCUGGUGGUGGUGAUAUCGCUGGUCUUGCUGCUCUCCUUGGCCGCAGUCUGGAGGCAGCCGCAGAGCAGCAGCAAGGCAGCAUUCAUGGUGCCUUUGGUCCCUGCACUCCCAGUGCUAAGCUUGUUUGUCAACAUCUACCUGAUGGUGCAGCUGGAUGGACAGACGUGGAUACGCUACUCCAUCUGGAUGGCAGUCGGUCUCCUGAUCUACUUCGGUUAUGGGGUCCACUUCAGCGUCCAGAAGCAGCGCAAUGCGGCGUCUGGAAGCCUGCAGGGGGGUUCCACCGUCGACCAGAAACUGGAACAGGACUCGGAUUCACGGCAAACCAAACUAUAAACACGACAUCUCUAGAAUUUAUAAAUCCAGCACCUCAAGAGUUUAUAAACCCAACUGGGUUUUGGAAGAAGAAUAUUCCUCUUUUUUUUGGGAAAGGGGACCAGUUCCUUUUUUUUAUUGUUUAUUUGCAAAAAUUAACUUAUGUUGAAAAUAAGCAGACAUUCCAGAGUGUAUUACUGGGACUGAAACCUGCAGUAGUUCAGUAACUGCAGUUAUACAGGAUGACGAAACAUUUGACAUUUACUUGGCCAGUAUUCAAUUCAAUUCAAUUCAAUUUUAUUUAUAGAGCGCCAAAACAUUACACAUGUCUCAUGGCGCUUUAUUCAUGUCUAACUUGUUUAUGUGUGUGUGUGUGUGUGUGUGUGUGUGUGUGUGUGUGUGUGUGUGUGUGUGUGUGUGUGUGUGUGUGUGUGUGUGUGUGUGUGUGUGUGUGUGUCUGUGCGCGCGUGCAUGCAUGUUUGUGUGUUUUCUAAACUUGUAU